CGUUACGCCAAAAAAAAACAAGAUCAAGAAGAGUCACAAUUUCACUCAAUUCGCGUUCAGUCUUCACUCGGCAGUCAAUCUAUUUACUUGUUUCAAGCAAAAUUAAAUAUAAUGUACCGGAGAUAUAAUUUGUAUUUAUUCUUGACACAAGCGCUGCUUGCUUUGUAUUUUGCUAAAGCCGAUCCGUUGGGAAAACUUGGAGAAAGCAUUUUGAUCGGUAAGCAUUACAGCAUAUGUGAAUCGCUUCGAUUGCAAUUUAUAUAAUGUUACGCGUUAUCUACCAGCUUUAAUUACAAUCAGAUUCACAAGAUUUGAGCAAAGAAGAGACUUCAAGACAAGAAAUGGCAGAUGUUUUGUCAAUAGGACAAUAUUUUCAAGACAUAUUUUCUGAGCACUUGGAGCCCCUGAAAAUUGAAUUUGGUCAUGUGUAUGAGAACCCCAGUGAAUGGGAACAGAAAUUUGAACGGAAGGAUUUUGACAACAAUCGCUACAGUGGCAAGAUAAAAUGGGGUAACAGGAAAGGAGAGUAUGGCGAGCAGUAUUGGGACUUGAAUCAUUAACUGAUUGUUAUUAAAAUUUAUUGUUCAUAAAUUGUUUAUCAAAUAAAACUAAUCUUAAAUAUAAAAAGCAUAAACAACAGUGUUAAUGAUAAAAUUAUUGAACUAGUCAUUAAUUGAAUAUAUUCGAUGAAAAGCCUCUAAAAAAGAGCAAUGUAUCGUAAGCAUCGGUGGUUCAGUGGUAGAAUGCUCGCCUGCCACGCGGGCGGCCCGGGUUCGAUUCCCGGCCGAUGCAGCUUAAUUUUUACCAUCGCGAGCGAUGUGUAGAAUUAUUUUUACAUGAUUUUUAAGCUCUAAAAUCGUUUUCUGUAUAAAAAUUAAAUUAUUGGGUUGGCCAAAAAGUAAUUG